AACCUCGGAGUCCGCAGCCCUGCUGCUCGCUGUCAUGAGCAGGCCCAGCCGGUUGCAGAGACAAGUCCUGAGCUUAUACCGCGAGCUGCUCCGCGCCGGACGCGGGAAGCCAGGCGCCGAGGCGCGGGUGCGGGCUGAGUUCCGGCAACACGCGUGCUUGCCGCGCUCCGACGUGCUGCGCAUCGAGUACCUGUACCGUCGCGGGAAGCGCCAGUUGCAGUUGCUGCGUUCUGGCCACGCCACGGCCAUGGGCGCCUUCGUACGCCUCCGGGACCCCACCAAAGAGCCGCCCCACCAUGAUGGGGAGCGUCCGACGAGCCUGGGGCCUCCUGAGACCGCGUCUGAUGGACGGUGACAGGUGGAUGGCCCAGGCUCAUCAGAUGGCUCAUCUGAUGAUGGCCCAGGGGAACAGGGGCUCCUCCACCUGACUGCAAGGGACAAUCGCUCACUUAUUUAAUGGGAAGCGAGAAGUCUUGAGAGAUGCUCAAGGGACUGCAGGAGGUCAGAGGGUGACCUCUUGCGACCGGGGUUUCAAGGAUCACCCUAGUCGAUGGAGACAGAUUUGGUGGAUAGUAACAGUUUGGUCUCUGCGGUGCGAGCCUGGUCAGCUGCUGUGGAUCAAGCUGAAAGUCACUCGGUGGAAAACUACUUCCUCUUACGACGGAAACCCCUUCUCAAUCCUCAGAACACACACCCUGAUUUGUCAAAGAGAAAUACAUACAUGUAAAUACCCUGCACUUACACACGCCCUUCUCCUAUCUUUUUGUGAUUCGGAGCAGAGCUGAGUUUUCUCGAUGAGGACUUGGGUGAAGCUUUGAUGGUUCUUGGUGAGAACCCCAGAAUCCCCCCAUCCCCACUUGGAAGUCCUAGCCCUGGCUGCCAUUCGUUAUGAUGGACUAAAAACAUGAGGAAGUGGCCAAGGUCAGUCACCCCCGACUGAUCACCUGCCCAGACCUCUACUUGAUGGUUCUAAAAAGGAAGCUUGAGUCCUCCUGUGCUCAUCUUUCCUCAGGAUUGCUUGAAGAAAGUGAAUAAAAUUUGGAGUGUGAAUACUU